GAGGAUGUUGAAGUUCGCAUAGAAUCAUUUCGGCAGCUCAUGCAAUGUCCAAGCGAUGACAUAGUGCAAAAUAUCGUGGGCAUUCUCCGUAAUGAGACUAUUAACCAAGUUGGCUCAUAUGUGUGGUCGUUUCUGAACACAAAACGGCGGUCAACAAAUCCAGGGUCUUACGAUCUUCAAAACGUACUAAAGCGCUUUCAUAUUCCUCAACGUUUUGACGUUGAUCCGCGACGCUUCUCGCGCUAUUACGAAUUUGGUUAUUUCGACAAAGAGGUUAAUUUCAUUGAGAUGUCACUGGUCUAA